AUGAAAGCAUCUCAAAAAGGACCAGUUCAUCGUGUAAUUCGAAGUGAGCCCCCUACAUACGCAUCCAUACAGGAAGAUAGCGGAGAAUCCGAUGCAUCGGUCGGUGACAUUGAGGAGCCUGCCCAUUUCACAGUCUCCCGUCACGAUAGUGAACCGACAUCAACUAAACAGAAUCGAGAAGAUGCUCUGUCUCGCACGAAAUCAGCUGUUUCUCUUCCUGUGAGCACAGCUUCGAAUAUAAGUGAUAUGAGCUUAUACGAUCGAACGUUACAUAUGUUAGCAAAUGAUGUCAUGUAUCAGAAAGAAGUAGCAUUAGGUAAACGAAUCGGCUUCUAUCGCCUUGGGAAGGAGUUAGGCUCUGGUAACUUCUCCAAAGUCAAGCUUGGAGUUCACGUGCUGACGAAAGAGAAAGUCGCCGUGAAGAUAAUGGAGAAGGGUAAGAUGGAUCAGAAAGCUCAACGUCUUUUAGCUCGGGAGAUUCAAUCAAUGGAACAAAUGAACCAUCCGAACAUAAUCCGAUUAUUCGAGUGUGUGGACACAUUGACGCGAGUUCAUUUGAUCCUGGAAUAUGCUGGAGGUGGAGAGCUUUAUGUUUUUGUUCAUGAACGGGGAAAGCUUUCCGAAACGGAAGCAAAGCCUCUUUACGCUCAAAUUGUAUCAGCCGUCUCUCAUAUGCAUAGUCGAAAUUUGGUUCAUCGUGAUAUAAAAGCGGAAAAUGUCAUGUUUGCAGCUCCGGGAGUUGUGAAGCUUGUAGAUUUUGGCUUUUCUUGUUUACUGCCAUCAGCAUUAGAGCCACUAUCAACGUUUUGUGGAAGUCCUCCCUAUGCUGCUCCAGAGUUGUUUAGAGAUAAAAGCUAUGCAGGAACUGCUGUCGAUGUAUGGGCUUUGGCUGUUCUAUUGUACUUCAUGCUGGUUGGAGUGACUCCAUUCCGGGGAGAGACAGUCCAGGAUUUGAAAUCUACAAUCAUGGCUGGCAUAUACACAAUACCUGAUUAUAUAUCUCAAAGUGCUCAAAACUUAAUUCGUAGUAUGCUCAAUAUGGAGGCCUCCAACCGACCGGGUAUCGAUGAGAUCAAGAAAAACUUUUGGCUACAAGAUUGUCGUUUCGAAAAAUCAUAUAUGGAAAUCACUCUAGUGAAUGAAAAAAAUGAUGCUGAGAAGAAAAAGAUGAUGGAUAAGGUCUGGCGCAUAAUGAACAGCUAUGGGAUCGAUGAAAACAUGUUCGAAGAAGAUAUUGGACCCCGUAAUGCCAUAACAGGAACAUUUCGAAUAAUUCAAUAUCAGCUGCAAUCCGAAGAAAAAAAUAAGCAGAAGACGACUUCAACCACUGCGGCUGUCGAAGAGUUUAAUCCGCCACAGGCGAAUCGAAAGUUCACAAAGAAUACUUUUCUAAAGCUAAUUUUGGUAUUUGCAUUCAUAAGCAUUGUGCGAAGUAAGAAUUUGAACUGUGACUUCCAUUCGAAAUGUUGUUGGGCCGGUGAUUCAGGAUGGCAAAUCCAGAACGGAGAAACCAUCAAUAUCAAUGAAUUCCGAAGAACGUUCUUGGUCGGAAGGAGCAAACCACCUCCAGAAGGAAACUACAUUCGACGAGUAAGUACAAGAGAUCAGGGAGUCUUCAGCUCAUGUCCAUUCUGUUCUUCAGUCGGUGUCAUUUCUGUCGAUUACAGAAACUGGCAAAGUCCAACUUCACGUUUGAGCUUGUGUUGGUCGCAGGCCAAUGAAACAACUAAUCUCAAUGAUUGUCAUCCUGCCUUCGCUUCUAAACAGAGUCAAACUAUAUCCCAAGAUUUCAAGGUCCCCAAUGGAACUGAUAUCAUGUUACACUUUAUUUCUGAGAACACAGAUGAACGUAUUGAGUCGGUCAUCAUGAUUGACAGAAUUAGAGUCAAUUAUGAUCAAUGCCACAAACGAUCUUCUUCAGUACAUCACAAACAGAAACUGAUCCCUGUUGAACCUGCUAAACCAAUUCUGGUUGAAAACCAAAGAACCAACUCCAAAGCAGGCAAAAAGGUUUCUCUGGAACAAUUAGCACAGCUGGACGAUAGAGUGAAAGAGAAGUUGCUCUCUCGCCCCAAAGGAGUUCCAUCAACUAAACAGACAAUCCCAUCUCUUCCACCACUUUCUCCACCUCCAGUGAAAUCGUCAUUGAGUCAAGAAUUAUCGAAGAAACCAGAAGUUGCAACAAAACAGCCAAAGGAUUUCAAUCCGCUCAAUGACUUAUUAGGAGAAGAUCUGGCAAACUUCUUGGAUCCAAACUACGUGACGGAUGAUGCAAAUGAGGAUGAAGAACAAGUUGAUGAUGCGGGGGAGCAGGAUUUCGUGGACGAGGAGAAGCCUACACCAGUGUUGCCGAUCAAACAAGAAACUGUGAAUGUUGGAAAUUCGCAUUUACCACCUGUCAAACAAGCUGUUACCACCCAACCAUCGCCUAUUGCGAAGUCUACACUUAUAAUUCCGAGGAAACCAUUAGUUGUAAAGCCAGCACCCAUAUUAGCCGAGUUUCAUAGACCUCUUCCUAUGGGAAUUCCCCAAUCAUGUGAAACCCGUGGAGGAUGUCUCUUCGAAAACGGAUUUUGUUCUUGGACAGCACCUGUCGAAGUACCUCAAGCAUCCCGUUUCCAUUUGAAAUCAGUAGGCUUAUCCAAGUUCAUACAAGCAACAGUGCCCUCAGGGGAAGUUUCGGUGCUUGAGACAGAUACACUCUUCUCCGACACUCACACGGUAAUUUUUGAUGUGUUGGAAUGGAAGUUAGGAACUCGUCUAAUUGGCUGCUGUUUCGUGAAUGAUAGUUUGGAGUGUCCAUAUACAACACCUAGUGAGGCAGGAGCUGUUCUAUGGCAUGUUGGCAAAUUUGAAUGUCCUGUGCGUACACAAAAGAUUGUGUUUAUCUGUGAAAAUUAUGGAACAAGCGAAGGCAUCUGUGGCCUAGACAACAUACGUCUGCAUCACUCCUCUGAUCUCUUCUUUAUUGAGCCCUGCCAAAAGAAUAUACUUCCUCAAUUAUAG